AUGUCGAAGAGCCCUGACUAUUACAAGAUUCUCGGCGUGUCCAGUGAUGCGACCCAGCAGCAGAUUCGCACUGCAUACAAGAGGGAAUCCCUCAAGUCCCAUCCCGAUCGAGUUCCUGCCGAUUCACCUGAGCGAUCCGCACGGACAGCGAAAUUCCAAGAGAUCAACGACGCAUACUAUACCUUGUCAGACCCCGCACGACGACGGGAGUACGACCAGGUCCGCGCUUACGAAGAGGCUGAAGAAGAAGUCGACGAUGAGGUGCCUCAGGGCGGCGCUGGUGGCUUCCCAUGGUCUAGCUUCGGAUUUGGCAACCGCAACGAGCGCGAUGCCGAUCAAUUCGGGUCCGUCUUUGAGGAGAUGAUGCGCGAAGAAGGACUGGCCGAAGAGAAUGACGAGGACGGCAGCCGACGGACACGCCCAACUUCCCGAUUCUGGGCCGUUGUUGGUGGUGUUAGUGGAGGCGCUUUAGGCUUUAUCGUAGGCAAUGUCCCUGGAGCGCUAGCUGGCGCUGUGGCGGGUAAUCGCCUGGGUGCCGUCCGCGACGCGAGGGGCAAAAGUGUCUAUGAGGUUUUUGUGGACCUUCCACAGCCAGAUCGGGCGCGGCUCCUGAAAGAGCUGGCGGCAAAAGUCUUCCAGACUACCAUGGGACGCUAA